AUGGCUCUAAUGAAAAUCAAUAACAUUAAGUUCCAAAUAACCGAAUGCAAUGAAUUUAUGAAAACUUUAACUGGUUACAUUUUAAAUAGUAAAGAUGUUUUAAACUGGUUUGAAAUCCUUUGCAAACAUCUUGCAAAAAUAAUUUUGGAAAUUUGUGAACUGAAGAAGGAAUUAAAGGGAAAAUUGGAAAAAGGAAAUAGAGACACUUUAUUAUUGUAUUUAAGUCAAUUGUUAACUUCUUUAUCACUGUUAAUUAAUAUUUUUGUUAGAGAAUCUGAAGUUGAAGAGGCUCUAACUGAAGCUCGUCUCUGUGCAAAGAAACAAAUAACAUGGUGUUUAGAUGGCAUUGUGGAAACACUAUCGUCCAACAAGAGUAUAUUAGACCCUUCGGGUAGUUUUAUUAAGUGGAUGGAUUCGGCUCUCGAUAAAAUUGCCGAAAUAGAUACGAGUAAAAACAAAGAGAUUAUAGAAGCAAUCUGUAAUGACGCCAAGGCACUGUUUGAGGAGGUGUUGUGUCACGCCAUGUCUAUUGCUCAAGUAGCCUUACAAGAAGAUUGCAAAAUUAUUAGAGGAAGCAGUCAAACGGUUUUAGAUUCUUUGGAUUCAUUAACGAAAGAGAUAAACAAAGCGGUAGCAAAUUCGUCUAUGAUAAAUUUAUUCAUAGACUCUUGUACCGAUAAACUUUGUGCAUUGGAAAGGAGGGUGAAUACGGCUGUCCUAAAACUUUGCUUAAAAGUUUUUUCAGAGUAUACGGAUGCUUUAGAAGUAAUACACAAAUUUUGUUUCGAUAAGGAAAAUAUUGGACAAACGGAAGAAUUAGAUUCGCUAGUGGCCGAUUUUGAUUUGCAUGUUGAUCGUAUAAUGCAGAUUGGACUCUUUGCUGUUUCUUGUUCAACAUGUACUAAUCGCGGUAUAAAAAUAAGGAGUUGUCUAGCCAGUCUGGAAGCUCUCGAAUGUGAAUUAGUGCCUGCGUUUACCUCUGCACUGUUAGAGAGGUCUGUGCAUAAUAUCAAUCUGGCAUUGUUACUGAAAAAUCACUGGUUACAGCAAGCGAAUAUCUUGAAACAACAUAUUUUUCUCAUAAUCGACCCAUUUGCGUUUUGCCAGGUGAUAUUUGAUGAAAACAAGCAGAUAGUCGACGAAAUCUCCGAGAUAGUCAGAUCUAAGGAUUCUGUUUUAGAACAAAAAGCUUUAGAACCGUUAAUUGGUCAAUCGAAAGUGCUAAAGGAUUUUGUGACUACAAUUUUAAAGGAGGAACAAGUAGAAAAGGACGUGGAAAGUACAAAAGAGCAUUUUAACAAUUUCAAAAAAGUUCUUCACGAAGUAAAUUGUGCCGCUAAAAUUUUCCUGGGGGGCCCAGAAAAGAAUUGUGGUAAUAAUUAUAGACUGUUAAAGAGAUGCAAGAUAUUAAUUUCGACUACGAGGAAAGUUUGCCAGUGUUUCCUCGAAGAAGAUUUUGAGGCUGAAAAUAAAACCUCAUUGGAGGAUAACUAAAAACUCAAACCGACGGGAAACCCAUUUUUGGAUCACAUAAUCAACAGGGGAAAGCAGAUUUUGAAAGAUCGCAGCGUGCUGUACAAAAGUUCAACGAGAAGUGACACGUUUAAUGUGCAAGCGUCGACUUUUAAAAAAAUUUACCAGAUGAAAGAGCGGAACAAGCCGAUCCCUCUUUCAAAACUCGUACACCUCCGAAAACUGAGCUUUAUGAAUUCUGCGGUUAAAAACGAGACGUCAGAAUUGCACAUGACAGAUAUUCUGAACGAACUCAACAAUCUAACAAACACAUUCACGAAAUAAGGCAAGACAUCUUAUUCCAAAUAAUUUAUUAACUUAGAAACAAUAAGAUAAGAGAGAAUGGUCACAAUACCUCGGAAGUAUCUUAGCUUUUUUAUUUUUUAAUACCGACAACAAUAAACUGGUUUUACCUACA